GUUUCAAAAUGCCUCGUCGGACGAAAAAAAGAAAAGCAGCUAUUGAGCGUGAAAAACGCAAAAAAAUCAAUCUUGGCAAUAGUGUUGAGGAUGUGUGGGAUACCGGCUACAUACGGGAGUCGUCGUUGUGGUCAACGGAAUUAUUUGUGCCUGAUAUCAAGGAAGAGUGUGUUCCAGCUGAGUUCACCCACGAUGACGAAGGUCCCGUUAUUCCUAGCAGUUUACGAACAUCGGAGUCGUAUAGUGCAACGACGUCCACAGAUUUGAUUAUAACAGUGAGAUGCAAUGCCGAUGUUUCACAUUCACCAGAUUGCUCAGCAGAAAUACCGUUUUCGCUUCCAAACGAGUCCUUCAAAGUAUUCCACGACGAGAAUUGUCCUGAUGUGAUAUUGGCUUCGAUGACUAGUUCUUCCUCUGUACAUUCUAGUUUCGGGUCGACCACAACUAGUUGUAACGAAAAUUGCAGUGGUCAAGACCAAUCAGACGCGUAUACACCGAAGGCAUUAGGUAGUCACGAAUCCACUGGUACGAUGAACUUAUCAUCUUAUUUGGCUUCGGCGUCCGACAGAUACCAACCGGCUGUAAUUGGAGAGUCAUCUUUUCACGAUGCAAAUGUUGUGACACCUCAUCGAACAGGUACAUUUUAUGACCCUAGAGUAAUACUAUAAUUAUUGGGGGAAUCUGCUCCAAUUCCGACCCUGUUUCAAUUUGGAACCCAAGCGCUCGUUCUAACAUGGAAACUUGGAAACUUGGAACUUGGAACCAAACAAAUUGGACCUUUUGAAGCAUUUUGUUCAAUCUUAUCUA